AUGGUUCCUACUCCAGCACGCCCGGUGAACGAUACCAAUGAAGCACUAGCUAGCUUCUAUGCAAAGGUUGAUGAGCUUGAGAGUGUCUUCAUCGAUAGACUUGGAGACGCCAUCAAGAUUCCCUCAAUCUCUGCUUAUGCAGAUAAUAGGAAGGAUGUGUUCGCGGUGGAGAAGCAGAUGAGUGAAUGGGUUGCGACCAAGCUGAAGGCUGUUGGUGUUGAGGUAACACUCAAAGAUCUGGGCAAGCAGGAGGGUACAGACCUCGACCUUCCUCCUCUGGUAUUGGGACGCUAUGGCAGCGACCCCGAAAAGCCAACGGUGCUCGUAUACAGCCAUUACGAUGUUCAGCCUGCAUCUAUCGAGGACGGAUGGAAGCACGAGCCCUUCGUGAUGACGGUUGAAGAAGACGGCAAGAUCUGCGGCAGAGGAACCUCGGACGAUAAGGGCCCUCUCAUUGGCUGGAUCAACAUGAUAGAAGCUUUCCAAAAGGUGGAUGUAGACGUACCGGCUAACUUGGUCUUCUGCUUUGAAGGCAUGGAAGAGACCGCAUCGUUUGGCCUUCGGCAGGGCCUGGAGGAUGAGGCAGACAAGUACUUCAAGGAUGUCGACGUGGUCUGUAUCACGGAUGUUGUUUGGGUGAGCGACGAGCAGAUUAGCGUCCCUCAAGGACUCAGAGGCAUCAUCUUCUACCUUGUCACCAUCACAGGUGCCAAAGUGGAUGCCCAUAGUGGUGGGUUCGGUGGUCAGAUUUCGGAGCCAAUGACAGACAUGGUCAACAUCAUGUCUUCUUUGGUGGAUGCGAAUGGCAAGAUUCUGGUCCCUGGGAUCUACGACAAUGUCCAAGCUGUCACGAAAGAAGAGUACGAGAGCUACCAAAAGCUGAACAUUUCGGAAGAUUCUUUGUACGGUGGCACAGGGGGUAGAAGCCUCCACGACAAUCAGGCUGACGCUCUGGUCGCUCGCUGGAAGAAGCCAUCUCUCAGUUUGCACAGGAUAGAGAAUGCCCUGCCUGGAGCCGGAGCUGUCACAUCUAUACCUGCUAAGCUCGUCGGAAAGUUCAGUAUCCGUACUGUGCCCUUUAUGAAGUGGGAGGACAUUGACCAGCUGGUGCGAAAACACGUCAAGGACCGUUUCGAGAGUCUAGGAAGUAAGAACGAACUCGAAAUUGAGUGUCAUCCGAAUGAUUGGUUCUACGAGGAGGCGAGCCACUGGAAUUACCAAGCCGCGAUUCAGGCAACACGAAACGUGUGGGGCGUUGACCCUGCUUUGACCUGUGAAGGUGGAAGCAUACCCAUCGCCUUGGACUUCAAGAAGACCUUGAAAAAAAAUGUGCUCCUUAUGCCUGUUGGUCGGCCUACCGAUGGACAACAUUCCACUAACGAGAAGCUGGAUAAGAGCAACUACAUCAACGCCAUCAAGCUCUACGGAGCUUAUCUCAAAGAGGUCACAAACUUCUGGCGUCAAAGCAAACAAAAUUUUUGCACCAUGUGUCUAACCAACGUUGUCACAGAUGUCAACACUAGCUCCAAUUUUCAAGACUUUUCGACCCAGCAUACGGCCCUUGACUUGACGAUUGAUUUUGACCGUAAGAUCUUGAUUGGUCGAACUGCAAUUACUGGCCAAGCACGAGUUCAUGGUCUCGCCGAAAUUGUUCUAGACACAAGCCAUGUCGUUAUCAAGGGAGUAAGCUAUCAAGGAAGAAAAGCUGCGUGGACAUUGAAGCCCGACGAUGGAGAGAAUGGCAGUCCAUUAUGCAUUGAACUUGGACGACGCUAUGGUGAAGGGGAAACGAUUGAGCUCACAGUACGUUGGAUUGUCAAUCCUGCUGUAUCAUCAAUGAUGGAGUUGGCUAAUAUAGUCGCUGGCAAGGUCGACUUCGAAACUACCGAGAACACCACGGGCCUUCAGUGGUUCAGCCCCUCGCAGACAGAUGAUAAAGAAUACCCCUUCAUGUUCUCCCAGUGCGAACCGGUUCAUGCUCGCUCCAUUUUCCCGUGCCAGGACACACCCUCCAUCAAAAGCACUUUCGAUAUAACAAUACAUUCAAUACUUCCUGUCGUAGCGAGUGGUGUUCCUGAGUCUGAGUUGAUCUUCCCACCAAUCACGGACACGACCGAACAGAAGACCUACAGAUUCAAGAUGGAGAUUCCAAUCUCGAACUACCUCUUCGCCGUAGCAAGCGGGAAUUUGGCGGGAGAGAAGAUUGGACCGAAAAGCUAUGUUUACUGCGCCCCUGGUGACUUGGAAGCCUGCAAACAGGAAUUUCAGCCGGACUUACAGGCAAUAAUCAAAUCUGCAGAGAAUAUGAUCUUCGAGUAUCCGUGGCCACUUUACAAUCUGGUCGUGUUGCCAAGAUCGUUCCAUCUAGGCGGUAUGGAAAACCCAAUCUUCAACUUUUACAGCGCCACUGUCGUCUCGGGAGACCGAGAGAAUAUCUCUGUGGUCGCGCACGAGUUCGCGCACAGCUACAGUGGUAAUCUUGUCACUAAUGCGUCCUGGGAGCACUUUUGGCUGAAUGAAGGCUGGACUGUCUGGACUGAGAGGAACAUUGUGCGCGAACUCAGAGGGGACGACGAGGUCGAGCUCCAAGCCAUCGUUGGCUGGCAGGACCUUAUUCAAUCUAUUGAAAUGUAUGGCGGCGAAGACAGCGUCUUCACUAGCUUGGUACUUGAGUUUGAAGGCAAGAGGCCGGACGAUAUUAUGUCCAAGAUCUCGUACGAGAAAGGCUACACCUUCCUAUGCUACCUUGAAGAGACCGUCGGACGAGAGAAGUGGCUCAAGUUUGUGCCAUAUUAUUUCAGCACGUUUUAUGGUGCCGCGGUUGACUCAUCCCGAUUCAAGGAUUGUGUUCUCAAGUUCUUCUCACCCGACGCCGCUGCUACCUCCUCACUUGGCUGCGUUGACUGGAAUUCUUGGUUUCACAAACCAGGCGCGCCCCCAAAGCCAGGGUUUUGCUCUGAGCUUUACAAGAAGGCCAUCGAAUUGGCAGAUCAAUGGGGCAGUCUCUCGGUCCAAUCUGCGUUCAGGCCGUCUGGUAGCGAUGUCGAGGGUUGGACAGCGGGACAAGUUUUAGUCUUUCUUGAUCUACUCAUUGAAAGUCCGCAGCCAAUCCCACUCGAGUAUUGUAAGCUUCUUGACGAGUUGUAUGACGUGGGAAAGUCUAGCAAUCUUGAAAUCGUCACUCGGUACCUUCGUGUCGCGCUCAGAGCCGGCGAUCGCAGUGUUUCGAAGCAGACUGAGGAUAUCCUGGGACAGACAGGCAGAAUGAAGUUUGUGAGGCCGCUAUUCAAAGAAUUGUUGUCGGUUGACGAAGAGUUGGCGUUGGAACUGUUCAAGAAGUAUCAAGACUUUUAUCAUCCCACUUGUCUCAGACUGGUUAGAAAUCUGCUUGACGAAGAAAGGCCUUAA